GGCCACACUCUUUGCGCACUCGGGGUCUGCCGGUUGGAUUCGAGUCGAAUUCCCCUUAACACAAUUCCCCUUAACACCUUUAUCCCUUUCCUCUUUUUUCCUCCACUUUUGCUGUAUUUCGGACUUAUGUUACUCGCGGUCUGCUUUUUUUUCUUUGCCUCCACCUCCCCCUCGUCUUACCCCUUUGUCCCUUUUAUUUUUACUUUUUUUUUUCACUGCGUCGAGGACUCGUCGGUGGUGGGAAGAUCGGGUCUGUUAUCUGUAUCUAAUAAAGAAAUUUGUGGUCUCAAUGCAUCUCCUCGCAAGUUCUUUUACUCUGUACGCUUUAGAGUCAUCGUGCGGGCAGUUUCCUUGGCAUCUCCAACCCACACUGUACUGUACAAUAGUACCUUUCUUGUAUCGCGAGUAUCGCGAAGUUUCACUGCGACGGUCAUCAUCAAAGAUAAAAUCCCCAACCAAUGGAACAAGAUACGUUGAACUACCAAUAUAUACCUGAACGAAGAAAAGCCACCUAUCCUGUACUAUACACAGGCCAGUCA